AAUGAAGGCACAAGUCAUAUUAUUAUUAUCUAUGUUUUAUGCGGCACCUGUUUUAAGCAGGCCGUAUACUUGCCCAUACUGUUGCUACUGUUGCCCUUAUCCCUACUGUCACCUAGCAUGUUCUAGUGAGAGAAGUGACACUACUCCAAAAUGUAAAUGCGCCGAUGGAAAGCCCUGCUGCUGCUGUGAUGGUGAAAAUUGCGAAUGUGGCACUGAUGGUUGCAAAUGUGAUGGUUGUUGCGGUUGUUGCGGAUGUGGUGUUUGUGGCUGCGGAGGAUUGUCUUACGUCGAUGAUGAUGCAAAUUGGAAAAAAUGUUACGAGCAUAAUAUAUGGAUACAAUAAAUUCUCUAAAUUUAAUUUUUACAAAUAGCUGUGUCCUCAUUUUAUUUGUAUUGUUGUAAACUUUUAAAACCCUUAAAUAAAAACUUAAAAAUAAAGCAAUUAUUA